CACCAAGCCCCAGAAUCGCCUACGGUCGCCAUGCACCGCGCUGGGCGCUGACAGACAUCCGGGCCCGGCGGGCAAAAUGGAGAGUUGGAGUGUGCCUACCGGACCUUAUCGGGCCACCAAGCUGUGGAAUGAAAUUACAACAUCUUUUCGAGCAGGAAUGCCUCUAAGAAAACACAGGCAACACUUUAAAAAAUAUGGCAACUGUUUUACAGCAGGAGAAGCAGUGGACUGGCUUUAUGACCUAUUAAGAAAUAAUAACAAUUUUGGUCCUGAAGUUACAAGGCAACAGACUAUCCAAUUGUUAAGAAAAUUUCUUAAGAAUCAUGUAAUUGAAGAUAUCAAAGGCAGAUGGGGAUCAGAAAAUCUUGAUGACAACAGUCAGCUAUUUAGAUUUCCUGCAAAUUCUCCACUUAAAAGUCUUCCACGAAGGCAUCUGGAAUUGAGAAAGAACAGCAUAGAGAGCUUUUCCAAAGAUAAAGAUAGCAUUUUUAAAUUUCGAAAUUUAUCUCAUAGAACUCCUAAAAAAUCUGGAUUACAUUUCUCUCAGGAAAAUGUAGAGAAAAUGAACCAUGUAAUAAUCAAUGAAGAGCAAGAAAAUUCUGUUGAUAAUAGAGAAAUAAGCCCAGAAGAUAUUGAAGAAGUUUGGAGAUAUAUUAUUCUGAUCUACCUGCAAACCAUUUUAGGUGUGCCAUCCCUAGAAGAAGUUAUAAAUCCAAAUCAAGUAGUUCCUCAGUACAUAAUGUACAACAUGACCAAUACAAGUAAACAUGGAAUAGUUAUACUACAAGACAAAUCAGAUGACCUUCCUCAUUGGGUAUUAUCUGCCAUGAAGUGCCUGGCAAAUUGGCCAAGAAGUAAUAUGAAUAAUCCAACUUAUGUUGGAUUUGAACGAGAUGUAUUCAGAACAAUAGCAGAUUAUUUUCUAGAUCUCCCUGAACCUCUGCUUACCUUUGAAUACUAUGAAUUAUUUGUAAGCAUUUUGGUUGUUUGUGGCUACAUCACAGUUUCAGAUAGACCCAGUGGGAUACAUAAAAUCCAAGAUGAUCCACAGUCUUCAAAAAUCCUUCGCUUAAACAGUUUGAAUUCCUUCAAAUCAACUGAGUGUCUUCUUCUCAGUCUGCUUCAUAAAGACAAAAACAAAGAAGAAUCAGAUACUACUAAGAGACUGCAGAUAAGUGAUCAAGGAUUUCAAGAAAAAUGUGCUAAGAAAAUACAGCUAGUUAAUUUUAAAAAUAGAAGAGCCAGUGCUAAUGACAUAAUGGGAGGAAGUUGUCAUAAUUUAAUAGGCUUAAAUAGUAUGCAUGUUCUAUCCUCUAACGUCAAAUCAAGAUGCUAUUCUUUAGAAGGAAUUGUAGACUUACCAGGGAGUUCAAGUAAAGAAGUCUUCAAUGUCUUCCAUCAAUCUGUUCUGAAUAGGGAAGGACAAGAUAAUAAGCAGUUUUUAGAGUCUAAGACCAACCAGGAAUCUCUAAUGAAUCUCCAGUCAGAGGAAAGUAAUCAAAAGCCACUCUGUGUUGGUUUUAAGAGAACCUCUACUUUGACUGUUCAAGACCAAGAGGAGUUAUGUACUGGGAAAUGCAAGUCAAAACAGCCUUGUAGAUCUCAGAGUUUACUUUUAAGAAGUAGAACAAGAAGUAAUAGUUCUAUCAAUAUGCCAGUGGCUGAAAUUAUCAUGAAACCAAAUCUUGGACAACUCAGCACAUGUGUACAAACAGCUACGGAAAAUGAACUCGGAGAGUCUAGUACCACAAUCAAUAAAAGACUCUGCAAAAGUACAAUAGAACUUUCAGAAAAUUCUUUACCUCCAGCUUCUUCUGUAUUGACUGGCACACAAAGUUUGCUGCAACCUCAUUUAGAGAGGGUUGCCAUCGAUGCACUACAGUUAUGUUGUUUGUUACUUCCCCCACCAAAUCGUAGAAAGCUUCAACUUUUAAUGCGCAUGAUUUCUCGAAUGAGUCAAAAUGUUGAUAUGCCCCAACUUCAUGAUGCAAUGGGUACAAGAUCACUGAUGAUACAGACUUUUUCUCGUUGCGUGCUAUGCUGUGCUGAAGAAGUGGAUCUUGAUGAGCUUCUUGCUGCAAGAUUAGUUUCUUUCUUAAUGGAUCAUCACCAGGAAAUUCUUCAAGUACCCUCUUACUUACAGACUGCAGUGGAUAAACAUCUUGACUACUUAAAAAGGGGCUAUAUUAAAAAUCCUGGAGAUGGACUGAUUGUUCCUUUGCCAACAUAUUCAUACUGUAAGCAGAUUAGUGCUCAGGAGUUUGAUGAACAAAAAGUGUCUACCUCACAAGCUGCAGUUGCAGAACUUUUAGAGAAUAUUAUUAAAAACAAGAGUUUGCCUCUAAAGGAGAAAAGGAAAAAACUAAAACAGUUUCAGAAGGAAUAUCCCUUGAUAUAUCAGAAAAGAUUUCCAACCACGGAGAGCGAAGCAGUACUUUUUGGUGACAAACCUACAAUCAAACAACCAAUGCUAAUUUUAAAAAAAACAAAAUUUCGUAGUCUAAGAUACUAACUGAACUAAAAAUUAUGUAAUACUUGUGGAACUUUGGUAAAUGAAGCCAUACCUAAGAAUCUAGCAACUACAAAGGAAGUCUAUUUAUUAAUAAGGUUUUUCUAAAUAAAACACAUUAUGGACAGAAGUACCAAAGUAAUUUUUUAUCAGUGUAAGACUGCUAACAAAUUAGUGGGCCCUAACUGUGAGCCAAUAACAAAAGCAAUACCAGAUACUUUAACCAGAAAUAAUCUUUUUUUUUUUUCUUGAUACAAUAUCCAGUAAAGCUGUUAUGGUGUGUGCUAAAAUUGUAUUUACUUGAAUUUUGAAAGUUGACGUGUUUAUCGAGAUUAAGCUGUAAUUCUGUUUUUAAAAGAAAUUAACUUUCUGCACAUGUGCUUAUGAAUAUUAGCUAAAGUACAAGUUGUUUAGGGAUACUCUUAUUUCUAAGAAUAAGAAUGUGAAGAAAAUUGGAAAACUCAGUGAAUUCUCUACUGCUAAAUGCUGCACUCUUUUGUAUAUUCUUUUUCUACUUUUGAUCUAUUUAUAUGUGUGUGUUUUUAAAAUAUGUUCAUGUAAGUCUUCAGUUUGCUUUAUACAGUUAUCCCAAGUGCUUCAAUCAUUCAAUUUUUCAAUAAAUAUCUUUUGUAUUCUUAUAUUCAUGUAUCUACUAGAAGACAGUGUGGAAAAGAAGUAUAAGGCAAUCAUGUAUUCAUUCAAAAGAUAUUUAUGUAGCAACUACUAUGUGCCUUUUAUUAUUCCAGAUAUAGACUAUGAUGAAUGAAACAGAAAAUCUCUUAAGUAUUUAUUUUAUAAUCAAGGGAGAUACUUCUAUCAGAUACUGAAAAUAACAGUACACACUCUGAGGGAGUCCUCAGCUGAAGACUGACCUCUUUAGUUAUGUAACAGUUCUCUAAGCUAGAGUUUUUCAAACUGUUACAUAUUAGAAUCACCUGGGAAGUUUUAAAAUAAUACAUGCUCAGGCUCUACCUUAUAUCAGUUAAAUCCAAAUUUUAAGGGAUGGUAGAUAGGCAUCAGUAUUUUCAAACUCUGUAGGUGAUUCCAGUAUUUACCCAACUUUGAGAAUCAGUCCCUAAACAGUUUUUAUAAAAAUGUAAAUACCAAGCUGGUGGCACACUGGCUUUAUUAUUUCAUUGGAAGAAAAUGCAGAUUAUAAAUGCUUAUCAUCUUAAUACAGGGUUACCCAUAUUUCUGCUUUACUGAGUUAAUACAAACUUGAGGCAGUUUUUCUUCCAUAUUUUACUCUAUGAUAAUUUAAUAUCCAUUCAUUAAGUGUAAAAAUGUACAUAGGAUCUGGGAUGUCAUAGACACUUAUUGUUCAAUGACUUUUGAUUUCUCAAUGUUAAGUUAUACUAUGAAAUAGUAUGACAAUGUUUCAUUUGAGAUUAACAUUUUUUAUUAAAAACUUGAAUAAAAAUGGCAACUAUAUCUUUUUCCCAGAAACCUUAGCCAUAAAAUUAGAGGACCAAAUCAGAUCUUUUUCUAAGGUGUUUGUAUGCUGAAACUUCCUGUUUAAAGAUCUGUAAUAAUGUGAAUUCUGUUGCACAUUGAGAUAAAAAUUAUUGUGGGUUUUGUAACAAUUUAAUUUUGGUUUUGUAUUUAUUGAUAUUAAAUAUAUAAAUAUUAUAAAGACAUAGUAACUUUUCAUCUGAGCUAGUGUGCAUGCAAUUGAGAUUACAAAAUUGGUGUAACAAUUUAAUAACAUGGGGUACCUGGGUG